AUGUUGGACACUUCGAAAUAUACGGUCGGCUGGAUUUGCGCUCUCUCUACUGAGUUUACUGCGGCGAAGGUGUUCCUCGAAGAACCGCACGAAGACUUCUACGAUGUCGCAGAACAUGAUAGCAAUAGCUAUGCGCUAGGCAGGAUUGGCCGCCAUAAUGUGGUGAUCGCCGUCCUGCCUAACGGGGAGUAUGGCGUAAGCUUGGCCGCAGCAGUGGCUCGAGACAUGCUGCACAGCUUUCCCAACGUACGCAUUGGCCUUAUGGUCGGCAUCGGCGGCGGCGCGCCGAGCUUGAAGCACGAUGUGCGGCUUGGUGAUGUUGUGGUCAGCAGUCGCGACGGAAGUAAAGGCGGCGUCUUUCAGUACGAUUAUGGCAAGAUUGUCCAAAACCAGGAUGUCUCCUUCGAGCACACGGAUUUCUUAGACCAGCCACCGAUUGCGUUGCGAACAGCCGUCAAUACACUCAAGAGUCGCUACGAGAUAGAAGGGCAUCAGCUCAAUGAGAAUAUCGAACAGGUAUUAGCAAAGUGGCCUCGACUGCGGAAAAAGUAUACACGGCCGCCUUCGCAUAGCGACAGGCUCUAUCGAUCCGAUAUUCUUCAUCCUAUCUCAGCGGACGGAUGUAACAGCGUAUGCAGCGAUGAUCCGAUACACUUGGUGCAUCGGGUUCAACGAGACGAGGAUGAUGACGACCCCGCGAUUCACCAUGGGUUAAUUGCUAGCUCGAAUCAACUAAUGAAAAACGCCGCAAUUAGGGAUAAGCUGGCCGAAGAAAUGGGCGUCCUUUGCUUCGAAAUGGAAGCCGCUGGUCUGAUGAACCAUUUUCCAUGUCUGGUGAUCCGCGGAAUAUGUGACUAUUCCGACUCGCAUAAGAACAAACAAUGGCAAGGCUUUGCAGCGAUGACGGCAGCAGCAUACGCGACGGAUCUCUUGCGCCAGAUCCCACCCAACAAGGUUGAGGCUGAACGGAGGAUCGCCGAUGUUUUUAGUCUACUUCAGGAAGAUGUCGAUCGCAUGCAGCGGGAUGUGAGUGAAACCAAGGCUGUUGCGAUAACCACCAGAAAUAAUCAGCAUCUCGACAAAGUACGUCGGUGGCUAUCGCCAUCAGACCCAUCAAGCAACGCCUCAAUGGCGAGAGAACGUAGGCACGCCGGCACCGGAACCUGGCUUUUGGAAAGCACUACCUUCAAUGAAUGGGAGGCCGGAAAGCGUCGGCAUCUGUGGCUCUAUGGCCUAGCAGGAUGUGGCAAAACAGUCCUGAGCACAACAAUAUUGGAUCAUCUCCAGCAAACAGCUAAUACUCCCACGAUCAUGUUCUUCUUUGAUUUCAGCGACGCCAGAAAGCAGACGCUAGACAGCCUUGUUCGCUCGCUAGCUUUUCAGCUUUACCAUACGGGGGAUGAGGCUUUAAGGAUACUAGACAGCCUUCAUCAUUCCCACGAUGAUGGUCGGAGACAGCCUGAUGCUAGUACCUUAUCAGCCUGUAUUGAGUUGAUGAUGCAAAAACUACAGAAGGUUACUAUUGUUUUAGACGCUCUCGAUGAGUGUACGACAAGGAGCGAUCUUCUAUUAUGGAUUCGAAGGCUUACUUUAGGUUCGGCUAAUAACAACGUCAAAAUCAUUGUAACUGGGCGACCUGAAGCCGAGUUUCAGCGUGAGAUUCCUCAGCUGUUUAAAGACGAUAAUUGUAUGUUGCUCGACAAGAAGGCUGUUGAUGCCGAUAUACGCUCCUACGUGGCCCACGAACUUGAACAGAGGCAUGGUUUUACCGAGAAGAAGCUCCCUCAAGAUCUUCUCGAACAGAUGCGGAUCAAAGUCGGAGAUGGGGCCGACGGGAUGUUCAGAUGGGCAGCAUGUCAGCUAGACAGCCUUCUGAAAUGCCUCCAUGUCCAGGCUAUUGAAGAAGCUCUCGAACGCUUGCCUCGCGAUCUAAAUGAAACAUACCAGCGUAUGCUUGAGAAUAUUCCGGAAGAGCUUAAGAGCGAUGCGUUACGCCUCUUACAGUUCCUCAUCUAUUCUAAACGACCCUUGACAUUAAAAGAAGCAAUCGAUAUCACAGCAACACAGAUUGAAAGUGUGGGACAGCGAAGCUUUAACGUCAAGCGUCGACUUCUUCGUGCUGACGACAUAUUACAAUACUGUCCAAGUUUGACAUCAAUUGCUGAGUUUUCACGCGAUGGUAAGGUUACGAAAGCAAUUCAGCUCGCCCACUUCUCAGUUAAAGAGUACUUGGUGGGGAAAGACCAAUUUCAACUCCCAACUGCCAGCAUUACUAUUACGUGGACCUGCUUGACAUACCUCAAGGAUGUUAUCAAGAUCACUGGAACGGUUGAGAGGAUUAAGGCUGAAUUUCCACUAGCUAGACAUGCGGCGGAAGUGUGGAUGGAGCAUGCAAAAGAAGGAGAGAUUUCCGAAAGCAUUGUCCAAGAAUCAACGAACUUCUUACGAGAUGAUAAAACAUUCCAGUGUUGGGGUCGUUUAUACCAGCCUGAUAGGGAAUGGUACGAGGAUCCAGGACGCCCAACUGGAUCGAGACUUUACUAUUCCUGCCACGAGGGGCUUCAGAAAGUGACAAGGAGCCUAUUAGAACAAGCCGCAGACGUCAACGCACAGGGUGGCUUGUUUGGCAACGCUCUCCAAGCUGCCUCAUCCCAAGGCCACCAAGAGAUCGUACAGCUUCUUCUCGAGAAAGGAGCCGACGUCAACGCACAGGGUGGCGAGUAUGGCAACGCUCUCCAAGCUGCCUCAUUCCAAGGCCACCAAGAUAUCGUACAGCGUCUUCUCGAGAAAGGAGCCGACGUCAACGCACAGGGUGGCUACUUUGGCAACGCUCUACAAGCUGCCUCAUCCCAAGGCCACCAAGACAUCGUACAGCUUCUUCUCGAGAAAGGAGCCGACGUCAACGCACAGGGUGGCUUGUUUGGCAACGCUCUCCGAGCUGCCUCAUUCCAAGGCCACCAAGAGAUUAUACAGCUUCUUCUCGAGAAAGGAGCCGACGUCAACGCACAGGGUGGCAGGUAUGGCAACGCUCUCCAAGCUGCCUCAUCCCAAGGCCACCAAGAGAUCGUACAGCUUCUUCUCGAGAAAGGAGCCGACGUCAACGCACAGGGUGGCUACUAUGGCAACGCUCUCCAAGCUGCCUCAUAUGGAGGCCAACAAGAGAUCGUACAGCUUCUUCUCAAGAAAGGAGCCGAUGUUAACACACAGGGUGGCGAGUACGGCAACGCUCUCCAAGCUGCCUCAUCUGGAGGCCAACAAGAGAUCGUACAGCUUCUUCUCAAGAAAGGAGCCGAUGUUAACACACAGGGUGGCGAGUACGGCAACGCUCUCCAAGCUGCCUCAUCUGGAGGCCAACAAGAGAUCGUACAGCUUCUUCUCAAGAAAGGAGCCGAUGUUAACACACAGGGUGGCGAGUACGGCAACGCUCUCCAAGCUGCCUCAUCUGAAGGCCACCAAGAGAUCGUACAGCUUCUUCUCGAGAAAGGAGCCGAUGUUAAUACACAGGGUGGCAGGUAUGGCAACGCUCUCCAAGCUGCCUCAUAUAGAGGCCACCAAGAGAUCGUACAGCUUCUUCUCGAGAAAGGAGCAGACGUCAACGCACAGGGUGGCUUGUUUGGCAACGCUCUCCAAGCUGCCUCAUCCCAAGGCCACCAAGACAUCGUACAGCUUCUUCUCGAGAAAGGCUCUAUCGAUAUCAAUUCCCCCGAUAACUUUGGACGGACCCCCUUACGGUCGGCUAGAAGAUAUGGACACGCUGAUGUAUUCCAGUUGUUAGUCGAAGCUGGAGCACAAGGCGUGUUCUCGGAUGGUUGUCAGACGGCUAUAGAGGUCAUCACAAGCCCUAUGAAUAUUCAGUCCGUUAUUGCGACAUUUGCACCUUCAGCAUUUCUGAGAACAGCAAGUAUAAUCAUUGUUCAAUUCGCAAUGGGGGCAAUCGAGAAAUUUGCUUGGAUUCUUUCCAUCUCGGCGGCCGCUGUUUAG